UAAAGGUUGCCUGACCCCUCCCAUAUUUUAUUCAUUUUUUUCUUUUAACAUAAAUUUUUGCACAAAAGUUGCUAGUAGGAGAAAAAGAAAAGAAUAGUACAUUCCCCCAGAAAAAAAUAUUGACGUAACAAGAGGAGACAAAUUUUGAUUCUCUCCCAUUUUCGGUUUAUUUGUUUUUAUUCAUUUUAAUUGAUUGUUUGCUCCUUUAGUAAGAUUUAGUAGUGAAGGAACCAACUAAAAUUAAAAAGAGUAUCGACAGAUUCAAGCAGAAAUAUUAGAAAAUCCCCGUAACAUCGAAAGAUUCGUAAUAGUUACUUCAAGCAUCCCCUCCAAAGAAAGAAGAUAGUAAAGAAUUAAAUUCAUAAAAAAUGUCAGUUGCUGAACAAUUUGACACUAUUUUGAAAGAAUUACCAACUUUGAAGGCCCCAGGUGUUUCUGGUUCUCGUAUUAAGAAGUUGACCGACCUUGCCGUUCAGAACGUAUCUGAAGAAUCAGAAUUGAUCACUAUUUUGUAUUCAAACUGUAAGUCAACCCCAUCAUCUCACAAAUUAGGUAUUUUGUAUGUUGUUGAUUCUAUCGUAAGAGUUUAUAUUGAAGAAGCCAAGAAGGCCGAACAAGACAUUACGUCUGAUGCUCCAAAUGGUACAUUUGCAGCUGGUGUAAACAAAAUCACCGAACUUAUUGAACCUAUAAUUGAUAACGCUUUAGAUUUGAUGAUUAACAAAUCUCAAGUUGUUAAAAUUGGUAAAUUAGUAGACAUUUGGGAAAGAGCUGAGACUUUUGAUAGUGCAAUUCUUACUAGAAUUAGAGAAAAGCAUUUUAGUUCUUCUACUCCACCUGGAUCUCCUCCACAUACUGCUACUUCUAACGGUAAUGAGUCAACCAUUCCUGCUGUUGGUGAAACUAAGACUUCUACCAACACUGAUUCAGGAAGUAUUUUACUGGCCUUGGCUUCCUUAGCCAAGACCUCUAACUCCAACAAUGGAACUCCAACUACCGCCCCAGCAGUUCCUGCUCAACAACCAAAUGUAGCCAAUGCAACCAACAUUUUAUCUCAAUUAUCUGCCAUGGCUGGUGGUAACCAACCCUCGAACAAUGCAAACACUCAAACACCACCUCCAUCUAGUGGAUUACCUCAAGCUCCAAAUGAACAAUACAUUUUCAACAUGUUACAACAAAUGCAAAAUGGAAACAAUCAACAACAACCUCCAUCUCAACAACAAUCAGUACCUCAAAGACCACCACAAAUGGGUGGCCAAGCUGAUUACAGUACUGGUAGACGUGGACGUGAUGAUAAUGGAGCAAACAAUUAUUCAAGAAGAAACAGAUCCAGAUCUCCAAACAGAUAUGGAAAUGGUGCUCCAGGUGGAUUCAGAGAAAGAUCUCCAAGACAACAAUAUCAACAACCAUACCAAGGUGGAAACCAAGGUGGAUGGAACCAACCACCACAACAGCAACAACCACCUCCACCACAAGGUGGAUUCCAAGGAGGUUUCCAACAAGGAGGUUUCCCACCACAACAAGGUGGAUUCCAACAAGGUGGAUUCCAACAAGGACCACCAUCAGGAGGUCCACAAGGUGGACCACCAGGUGGUCAACCUGGAUUUGCUCCACAAUUGCAAGGUGAAAUGAACUUGCAAGGAACUGCCCACUACCGUCCACGUAACGUUGGAUUCGACCAAUCUUUACCACAAGGUUCUUUCAAGGUUUUAUCCAGAACUUUGUUUAUUGGUGGUGUUCCUCGUAACAUGGGUGAAAGAGAAUUGGCGUCUGUUCUUAGACCAUUUGCUGAAGUUCAAUCUGUUAUCUUGAACAGUGAAAGAAAGCAUGCAUUCGUCAAGGUUUAUUCAAGAAGAGAAGCUGAACAAGUUAUUACUUCUUUCAACAAGGAUAAUGCCUUACCAUUGAGAACUCGUUGGGGGGUUGGUUUCGGUCCUAGAGACUGUUGCAACUACCAACAUGGUGUGUCUAUUAUCCCAAUCCAAAGAUUGACAGAUGCUGAUAGAUCAUGGGUUGUUCAAGCGCAAUGGGGUGGUACUGGUGGUCAACCAUUGCUGAGUGGUAUGGUUAUCGAUGAACCAGAUAUUGAAAUUGGUACUGGUAUUUCAUCCAAGGCCAUGUCCAAGAAGAUGCCUACCAACUCUGCCAGAAAUGGACCAAAAUCCAAUAGACCAGGUGAACCUGAUGAAGACUACGUCAAGACGACUUUAAUUCCACAACAAAGUAGUUCGUCUAUGUCUCAUGGUGCUCAACCAGACUUUGCCACAAUGUCUCAAUCAUCUGUCAAUCCAUUGGCAGGUUUAUUUGCAAGCCAAGGUGGUGUUCAAGCUGCACCUGGUUUCCAACAAGGACCACCACCAUCCGCUGGCCAAAACUUUGGUAAUGGAGAUGGUAUGAACAACGGAUCUCAACCAAACCUUGGAAAUCAAAUGGCUUCCUUUUUCCAAAGAGGAAUGAACCAAUAAGUGUAAUUCCAAAAAGUAUGUAUUAUAUAUAGUCC